UACCAGUCACAUACUAACACAAAACCGGAAUGGGCACUUUACUCUGACAAACUGGACUUGGUGAAGAGUGACAGCACAGCUACUAGAUUCUGACAGAGAAGAGUUUGUAUCCACGACGAUAACACUGUGGUCUGGUCUCUGUGGAGAUGGCCUGGGGACUGGUUUCCAUGACAUUAAGGGGUCUGAUGUUGAUGGUGAUUCUGCUGUGGACUGUCACAUCCACAGAUGGGGGAGACGUCCAUGUAACCUGUGUGUUCUCAGAGGAUUGUGUCCUGCCCUGCAGCUUCCAGCCUGACAGUGAGGAAGUCAUCCACUGGCUGAAACCAGAAGACAAGAACCUGAGCACCAUCCACUCCUACUACUACAGUACAGAUCAGCUCAAACAGCAGAGCCAGCCUUACAGAGGGAGAACAGCCCUGUUCAAUGACCAGAUCCCCAAAGGAAACGCUUCACUACUGCUGAGAGGGAUCACACUCCAGGACCAGGGCAGAUACAAGUGUUACACCAGCACUAUUAAAGGCAACAAGGAGUCCUGCGUUAACAUAGCAGUGGAGGCUCCAGUCCGCUUGGUGGACAUACAGUUAUCAGAUGACAUCAUCACCUGCAGUUCUACAGGUAUCUACCCCGAGCCUAAACUCACCUGGUCCACUGACCCCCCCUCUGACCUUUCAUUUGACCCUGGAACCAUCCAGAACUCCACCAGCAUCAAGGUGGAUGACCGGGGCCUCUAUGACAUCACCAGCACAAAACAGUUUAGCAGAGACCGAACCAACAUCUGUACCGUGACCUCUGGGACAGUAGAAAGGACAACAACCCUGAAACAGCAAGAUCCGUUCCAGGGUUCUCCAAGCAGUGAGGUGUCCAUCCCCUGCAAUGUAUCUCAGUCUGACCUCAUGACUUUUGACCUCACCUGGAGGUUCAACCAGAUAGUCACCAUCCUCACCUCCAGCUACACCAAUGGCAGACCUCAGAUGCAGGUUGACGACCAGUGGACGGAGCAGGUUCAGAGUUUGUCUGACUCUGGCAGCCUUCAGCUCCACAAGUUAACCAUGGUCCACCAGGGGACCUACAGCUGUGAACUCUCUACUGCCAGAGACACACACCUGAUCCUCACCUACCUGCAGAUCACACCUGGUCAACAAUCAAGAGGUAGAAUUGCUGUUAUAGUGGCAUCAGCAGCAGCAGCAGCAGUGAUUAUAGCAGUAGUGAUAUGUUCCUUGCUGAAAGCAAAUACAAAUGGUCCAAAUGAAAACGGUCAUAGUGGAAUACCACUUCAGAAUGGAGAAGAAAGAGAGGAAGACAUAGAAAGACAAGAACAAGGUCAAGGAGAAGAGGGAUCAGCCACAUCAACCAUACUAAUGCCUUGAAUCAACAUUAAGAAAACUUUCCAUUAAACCACAAAACAUUGGUAACGUUCAAGGAACGUUCAAAGAAUGUUAUUUAAAAACACAUACAUUCCGUUCUCUGCAUCAACAAAACUCUCUGUCCUCCAUCUUGUUAAGUGUGUUCAGGUGUGUUGGCUGCGCCCAAUAAUUGGCCACACCUGAUCUUAAUGAGUGCUUGUUUCCUUUGAAAUAGGGUUUGUUUGAAUGGACUAAAAUGAACAGCUUUGAAUGUGUUAAAAAAAACAUAUCAUGGUAGCGCCAUUGUAACGGUCAUCGUACGUAGUGGACCAAGGCGCAGCGGGUUGAGUGCUCAUAGUGACUUUUAUUGAACACAAAAUAAACAAAACAAGAAAACUAUCGAAAGAACAGGAUUGCAGCCUACACACACAGCUAUGCAAACAACAACUUCCCACAAAGGGACAGGUGAAAACAGGGCUACUUAAGUAUGACUCUCAAUCAGCAACAACGAUGUUCAGCUGUUCCUGAUUGAGAGCCAUACCAGGCCAACACAGAAAUACACAACAUAGAAAACCAUAGAAAUACAAAACAAGAACAUUACCCAAAAACCCCGGAACACAUAAAUCAAACACCCCUCUUACAUAAAUACAUAUCCCAUUAAACCCCGAACCACAUAAACAAAUACCCCCUGCCACGUCCUGACCAAACUACAAUAACCAAUAACCCCUUAUACUGGUCAGGACGUGACAGCCAUCCUGGUGGCUCAGUGGACUAAUUCCAUGGAUAGAGAGUAGAAAAAUAUUGUUUUGAAUCUCGCUGACAACACGCCACAAUAAAAAAUGUAUGUGUUUGCAUGAUUAAUGCCUAAGCAAAUGAAUGUCCAUGUGUCCUAUCUGUGCUUAGUGUUCACACUGACCACAGAUACAAGCACAUCUCUUCUUCUAUAAAAAACAACAGUGGGUCAGUUACAAAUAUUUAAUAAAAUCACACCAGUAAAUAUGUACAUAUUGUCACGACACCAACGGAUGGUGGCGCCCCUCCUCGCCCGGGCGGCGCUCGGCGCUCGGCGGUCGUCGUCGCUGGCCUACUAGCUGCCAUCGAUUCUCUGUUUCACUUUCUGUUGGUUAGGUCUAGGUUAGGCACGCACCUGUUUUGUAUUAGUUGUUAGUGGGGGGGUAUUUAGUCUAGCUGGGUAGGUUUGUGUUUUGUGCGUGAUUGUUCUGUGUCAGGACUUAUGUCGUUUGAGGAACGAGUGUUUCCCUCUGCCUGUGUUUUGUUUUGCAACAGAGGUUAUUGUAGGCUGCGUCCCUGCUUAAUGUUUGAGCUGGGGUUUUUGGAGCAUUUGUUUGUAUGCGCCCUGCCCUACCGUGUUCGUAUGUUGUGGAUGCUCAUUAAAAGUGUAUUCACGGA